ACGCAACUACAGCGUGACGGAAAAGGAGGGGUUGGCCGUCAUGUUUGCUCUGAAGAAGUUCGACCUCUAUUUAGACGGAUGCCUCCUUGGAGAAACCGCCCCAGGGGGCCAUACCCAGGAGGCCCACCGGACGGGCCAGGCCCCGGGGCGGCUGGACCCCAGUGGUCCGGUCGACCAAACCCUCGGGGCGGCCGCCCAGGGAGGCGUCAACACUGGGGAUGGCCGAACGGCGGAGCGGGCCAGCGCAACCCGGGCUCCGCAGGUGCCGCGAGCCCGGCAGCCGGCAGGCCUGCGCGGCACGGGGCAGGGCCGUCCGCAGCAACAUCGCGGCACCAGGCAGGGCCGUCCGCGACGGAGCCCCCGCACCACGGAGCGGGUCCGUCUACGACCGGGGGACCUGCCUGGAGUCGGCCCCCCUGCCACACCGUGGCCACGUGGACGGCGUGGGAGGAAGGAGGGGCGGUCCACUUCGUUUCCCGCCGGCGUUGGAAGCAUCAACCCAGACCAACGCCUGGCCAGCCCGACCACCAAGUCCCAUUCCCGUUCCGCGGCCACACGCAGCCGGCGGCGCCACGGGUCUUGGGAGCGCCUGACACCUGCUGGCUGUGCGGGGUCCCGAUAAUACAUCUGGAAACCCACGAAGCAGGUCGACUCCAUUCUGACCUGCUGGAGGCACAACCCCUCCCGGACAACGUGGCGGCAGCGGUCCAGACCCUGAAGGCAAGCCGCCCGGACCUCCUGGCUCCCGCUGCCUUGGCCUCCGUCCAGCCAGCCCGGCCUCCCGAAAACCGUGCCGCCGCACCGGCUGCCGCAGCCGCUGUUAUCGAACCCGCCACCACGACGGCCCCCACAACACCGGCCGCCACCACAUCCUGCGGCCCAAGCCAUCGGGCCAGUGUCGUCCACCAGCCCUCUCCGUCCCCCUCGACUUCCGACGACGCCAUCAUGGCCGAGGUGGAACAACUCCUCGGCCAAAACCAGUGAGCACCGGGGCCCCCCGAAGACCGGGCAUUGAGGGGGGGGGGGGGGAAGUGUGGG